AUGCCUGUGGCUGCGGCUGCCUCGUUCUGGACUUCUCUCGAAUCUGCUGCAGAGAGCAGCGAGCCGACUGGAAACUUCCAGGAUGCGUCGGAAGGCGCGGAAACAGAGCCUAAAAAGCCUGAUCACCAGGUUUCAGUUGCACAUUCUCGUGAACGAUCUGCUGCUGGAGAGGCUGCGGAGCGGCAGAGAAGCCAAGGCGACAGGAAUUCAAGUUCUUCAGAAAUGCCUGUUGCUACGGUUUCGUCUUUCUGGACCUCUCUUGGAUCUGCUGCAGAGAGCAGCGAGCCGACUGGAAACUUCCAGGAUGCGUCGGAAGGCGCGGAAACAGAGCCUAAAAAGCCUGAUCACCAGGUUUCAGUUGCACAUUCUCGUGAACGAUCUGCUGCUGGAGAGGCUGCAGAGCGGCAGAGAAGCCAAGGCGACAGGAAUUCAAGUUUUUCGGCAAUGCCUGUGGCUGCGGCUCCUUCGUUCUGGACCUCUCUCGGAUCUGCUGCAGAGAGCAGCGAGCCGACUGGAAACUUCCAGGAUGCGUCGGAAGGCGCGGAAACAGAGCCUAAAAAGCCUGAUCACCAGGUUUCAGUUGCACAUUCUCGUGAACAGUCUGCUGCUGGAGAGGCUGCAGAGCGGCAGAGAAGCCGAGGCGACAGGAAUUCAAGUUCUUCAGAAAUGCCUGUUGCUGCGGCUCCCUCGUUCUGGACUUCUCUCGAAUCUGCUGCAGAGAGCAGCGAGCAGACUGGAAACUUCCAGGAUGCGUCGGAAGGCGCGGAAAGAAUUACUGAAAAAUGCUCUCCAGGCGUGUGUGAACAACAGCGCGAGUCGGUGAAGCCGAUGACGACCUCUGCUUGCAUGGUGGAAGCUACUGAGAAGCCUCAGAGAAGACAAAGCAGUUUUCCAGGAAGAGAUGCCAAAAGUUGCAUCACAGCAAAGAAGCCUGUACGAACUGGCAGCAGUUUCGGGGACUUGCGAACCGCUUUUCAGGACGCAGCAGGCCAGUGCUCCGAUCCCCUCACUCCUUCGAAGCGUUUCACAAUGGGAACUCCACAGUUUGCCGGUUGGAGAAAGUCCUUCAGUCGAACUGCCAGUAGUGGCAAACUUUCCAGAAACUGGAGCCCUGCGCGUCCUUUCGAGCAGCUGCACUCCACCGGAGCAGGCCAGUGCGGCCCCAGAUCGCUCAGUAACAGCGCAGAACGAUUAUUCAGUGGAGAGUCCGUCACUUUGGAGACUUCGCGGGAUUUUCAUGACUGCCGGCUUGCUGGAUCGCGGCAGAUCUCGCGGGUUCCGUGGCCCGGCGCCCCAAUUGGAAUUGCGCAAUGCAAGUCGAAGAGAUUCUCCAGCGCCUCGUCAGAAGAAAGCGAAGCAAAAAAUGAACUGCAGCCGAAGCAAGCAGCUUCAGCAGAGCCUGUUUAUACUCGGGCUUGCACUAUUCCUGAGCCUCAGCAGCACUGCAGCAGCCACGAGACAGGAAUUCCUGAUGCAGCACGAUCUGCCCGCGAGGAGGCUCCUUGCGAGCUUCUGGGAAAGCAGCCGAUGCUGUCCACCGAAAUUAAAGAAGAUCAUCAGGAAGAGGACUUGAAAGAGGAUAGCCGAGGAUGCUCCAGAGAAGCCUCUAGAGAGCAUCAGUCAAGGGAGCAGCAGACAGCCCCCGCGGGGCCGCCGGGAGCCUCUCGUGGCCUUGGAGCCAGCAGCAGGGGAGACGGGCAUUUGGCAGCUAGUGGCUCUGCAUGCAGUAGCGGUGUUGCUUCUGAGAACGAAGGAAGCGGCAGCAGCGGGAGAAGGGGAGUAAGCAGCAGCAGCAGCAGCUGCAGCAGCAGCGAGAGCGACGAGUGCAGCAGCGGCAGCGAGUCCUGCAGCUCCGUCUCCGACAGGAGCAGCAGCAGCAGCUGCAGCAGCAGCAGCAGCGGCGAAUCCCGCAGAAGCCCCAGCAGAGACUCCACGAGUUACGAAACUUGGAGUUCCUGUAGGGAAUUCGGCAGCGCGGCCUUCAGCGGCGUAGGCGGUGAGUCAGUUUCACCAGGAACUAUGCAGGGCCAAAUUUCGCCUUUUGUUUUGGUUUCUUCCAGAGUUAUUCCUGCAGAUAAACGUGGGAGCCAAUCGGAAGAGGGGGACUUGCCGGGAGAAGAGGAAGCAGCUCCAGAGAAGCUGCACUGCAGCAGCAACAGUGGCAGGGGGGAGCUGGCGCCGUCAGCGAAGACUGAAGUCGGAGAAGCGGAAGCAGCUCUGGAACAGCAGCAGCUUGCUGCUGGCAGCAGCUCUUCUUCCAACAGCAGCGGCUCCCACCCAAGUCCUGCGCUGCCCAGUGCUGCUGCUGCAGCAGCACAGAGGCAGCAGUCUGCUGCGGGAGGCUUCGCUGCUGCGCUCUCCUCUUUGACUCAUUUGAUGUUCACUGCUCGCCACCCGCCUCCAGAGGCCACUGACACCUCGCUGCAGCCUUGUGGCCAGCGGAGCCCGGCGGCUGCCGGGGCGGCUGCUGCUGCUGCUUCUGAAGGAGCCACAGAGCGAAGACGGGACCCAACUGGGCUCUUUGAAGAGGAUAAAGUCGCCGCAAACCCUCAGUGCGAUUCCUGCAACUUCAAUUAUCCAUCCGAUUCUCGAGAAGGCCUCCGCAGGCAGCUCAGCGCAGGCCGAAGCCAUGACGCAGGAAGGAAUACCCGCUGCACAGAAAGCCGCUCGCGCGGAGAAAGUUCACGGCAGCAAACAGAGCUCGAAGAAGCGCAAAUCGCAGAACAGCUGCAGCAAGAGUCUCGCAGCCUCCCCGCUGGUGCCGACACACUGCUGGCAGCCAAGGAGUUCCCCGUGCUGCACGGCGAUGGCGCCGGCCAAGUCCAGCAUGCUAUUCAGCGCGAUUGCCGAGGCCGGCAGGGCUCGAAUGAACUUGAAAACUCUUCGGAAGUGGACAGCUCCAACUUCCCUUUCAGGGGCUCCGGAAUGCAGACUGGACGGCUGCGAAGCACUUCCCAUGCAAGUCUGAAAGCCAUGCAACUCUUGAAAAGUCCGAGCAGGCGUUCGCAGCUGCCGCAACAACCCCCCAGGCUUCUGAGUGCUUUUUCUGGAGAGCAAAGUCAAGACAAGGGAGCAUCUGGCCAGACACUUCCAGGGCUCGUUCAAGAACUGCAGGAUCUCUCAGAGUCGCCGAGGUCUGAGUCGUUCGGGGCCCCCGAUGGCAACAGAGGCGAUUCUCGGUGGAGGCUGACUCAAAACAGUGAACUGUUCAAAAGCGCAGAGUCCACUGACGAGGGAUUUCAGUCUUGUUCCUGCAACCUGGACAGCUCAACUGGCCUGCCGCCGGAGCCCAAAGGGGGGCAGCAGGCGGCUCUUCUGGAGCCGCGUUCGAGGGCUCUCAAGAUCGACUUCGCAAAAGAAUUGUCUUCGAAGAAACAACGGGAAAGUCUUGACCACUUUGGCGGGCUUCGCAUGCGGAGCGUGCCGGACUUGAAUCUGCAUCGCGGGGGCUCUUCGCGCCUCAUUCCCGAGUUGGGGCCCAGAAGCCUUUCGGACUUGUCUUCUGGCGCGGUAUUCGGAGAAGGCUUAUUAAAAGGGCCCGAGUGGAGGCUUUCUGAAGCUGCUGCGGGCCACUCAACUCGGGCGUUUUCGCUGCCGUUUGCAAGGAGGAAGCCUCUGCCGCGGGCACGCCAAAGGCCUCCCGAAGCGCCGCUGCAGCUGCAGCAGCUGCAGCAGCAGCAGCAGCAGCAGCAGCAGCAGCAGCAGCAGGAAGCUCCGGUGCACUUGAAGCCCUUGAGCAUGGAGGAGACGAACCGCAUUCUUGAGAGCGCAGUGGAGCUGGCUCUGCACAAGCCGGCCUUGCGGGGGCGGGGGAGGCCUGGGGGCCGGGACUUGCGAAGAGAAAAGCUGGAAGUGCUGGGGCUGGCGGAGAAGGAGGCGCCCCGCGCUGCUGCUGCUGCUGCUGCUGCUGCUGCUGCUGGGGGCGUGGGGGCUGCUGCUGCGGCCGGCGCAGGCCCUUUCGAAGGCGCAGUGGAGAAGCGACUAGCGCAGCAGCACCCUGCGUUGGCUUGCAGCUUGCCUCGUUUAUUUUGUGGUAAUGUUCUGUCUGCCUCGUCUUUGUGGACUCUGCAGCUGAGGAGUUUCUCCCCUGAAGAGAGGCGGCGGCUGCCGCGGAGCUGCGGAGAACUGCUGGGAAGCGAAGACUUCCGAGGAGAAGGCGAGGGCCCUUCGGGGGGGGCGCUGGCGAGCGGCGGGCCUGCUGCUGCUGCUGCUGCUGCUGCUGCUGCUGCUGCUGCUGCGGGGCCGCGGGCGGAGCUGCAGCGGGGGCGUUCUGCGGGCGCGCAGCAGCAGCAGGCGCUGCAGCAAGCGCUGGAGGCUCCGCUGUUUGCGCCGGAGGCCGCAGCGGCGCGGGGGCUGUCUGCUGCUGCUGCUGCUGCUGCUGCGGGGCUCGCGGGGCGCUGCUGCUGCGCUGCAGCGGGGGGGCCUCGGGCCGCGGGACUCAGCAGCAUGCCGAAGCCGCGGAGGCCCUGGGCCUGCGGGGAGCCCCUGGGCUUUGCCCGCGAGGAAGCCAAGCCCGCGCUGCGGACUUACGUGCACAAGCCGGGCUGCAGGUGCCCCCUGUGCACGGCCGCGGGGUGGGGGCUGGUGGGGGCCCCCGGGGGGCCCCCCGGGGGGCCCCCCGGGGGCCCCCUGGCUGGCGACCGCCAGGCCGUGGACACCUAUGCCUCCGUCGAGGGGCCCCGGCUGCAGGGGGGCCUCCCAGUGGUGCCGCUGCCCCCGGGGGGCUACGCAGCUUCCCCCAUGCGGAUCUUCUCUUCGCCCAUCAGCUCCCACCCCGCCUACCGCCCCGCCGUGGGCGAGGGCCCCGGGGGCCCCCCCGGGGGCCCCGGGGGCCCCGGGGGCCCCGGGGGCCCCGGGGGCCUCGCCUACGGCCCCGGCGAAGGCUUCUUGUCCCCGACCAGCUUCUUGGACGCGGGGGGGGCCCUCGUGGGGCCCCCCGUGCAGCGGGUGUACCCUCCGCAGGGGCUGCAGCAGGGGCCCCUCGUGCAGACGCUCUCCUGCAGCGAGUGGCAGGGGGGGGGCCCCCACGCCCAGCUGCAGGGGGGCCCCCAGGGCCCCCUGCAGCUGCAGCGCGCCACGCUCCAGCCCUCCUCGCUGUACCCUCUCGCAGCAGAAGAGACUCUGCAGCAAGACAGGCAGCAGCAGCAGCAGGAGAAGGAACGCGAGGAGCUCAGGCGCCGGCAGGAGGAGCUGGAGAAGCAGCAAAACAAAGAAAGAGAAGAACUCGAGCUCGAGAGGCAGCAGCUCAAGGAGCAGCGCGAAAGACUUGAACUGCAGCGCCAGGCCUUCGAACAAGAGAAGCAAGCCAUGCUGAUGGCGCAGCAGCAAGCAGCAGCAAACUGCCGCAGCACGGGGCCCGCCCCCGGCAGCGAGCUCGCAGCAGCAGCAGCAGCAGCAGCAGCAGCAGAACUGCUUCCCGGCAGCAGCACGGACGGCGGAGCCAAACUCCCGAGGACUUCAGCUCCCAGGGCUUUGCCGGGGUCUUCAAUUCGCCACACAAAUUCAACUUCGAACAUUGUCCGCUCAAUCACGGGCUCCGGCAUUGGCGAGUUCCAGGCAGAGGCCCGGCGAGGCGCUGGCCCAGCAGCAGCAGCAGCAGCAGCAGCAGCAGCAGCAGCAGCAGCAGCAGACGCAGAUGGCCCGGAGGACAGAGAGUGCUGCAGCGCCGCAGCAGGCCGGCAGCAAAACCUCCACCCCCCAGCGCCUUGCGGCCGCUUCUUCAGCCGCACGGCCAGCGUGGACACUUCGGACGACAAAGAGACCAGCAUUCCAGAAGAUUUGCAAACAGAUCCUUCGAUGGUACUCUCAACUGCCCUCGACAAGCUGGCCAAGCUGCGCGGAAAGCUCGAUACACUGCAGCAGCAGCUGGAAGUGCAGUCGCACGAAGUUUCGAGCUACUACAGCGCUUUGAAAGCAGCCGAUCAAGUCCACAGCUCGCUGCAGCAGACAGCUGCGGACUGCCGCGUCUGCUACGGAAGGCGCCACACGCAAAUGCAAGAAGUGGAAAAACGCCUCAGUGUCUUAACGGCCCAAGACCUGCAGCCGUGUUCUGUGGACGAACUCGAAGAACUUGCGCAGGAACUCGAAGGAACCCAGUACAAGCUGACAGUCGUGCAGGCCCAGCGAGCGGGCCGCUCGGAAGACAGCCGCAAAAAGCCGAAGCAGCUUUUGCCUUACUCUUCGAAUUGCCUUCCUGAGCCGAAGUCUUCUUUUGCAAUUCCUGAAGAACCCGUGGCGAGGAUUGGCCCCGACGAAUGCGCUGCUGUUCAAGAGUCAGUUUUGCAAGAAGUGAAAGCUCUUGGGGAGGACUUGGAGCACAUUCGGGCAGUGCACUGUCAGUACAAGAAGGCCUACAAGAAGUUGCAAGGAAUUAUGACUCAGCAAGUCAACAGCUACGACGUGGACCUCCAAAGGCUCAUUGCAAUUGAAAGAAACCUCGAAGACAAACUUCGCCGGCUGCUCUUUCUGAACGGCGACGCGAACUACGCGGAGCUCUCGGACUCGCAAAUGCAAGAGUACUUCCGAAUUGUGAAUUUGUCGAUCCGCAAAGUUUACCGGGAGAUCGCGCUGAGGGAGUCCGGAGAUCGCCGCCAAAACGAGCCACGCGCGAGCGGCAGCAAGACCAGCAGCAUAGCAGCGCAGCGCAUGCUGCAGCAGAGCAGCUGCUUCGCGCUGCAGCAGGGGCCCAGCGAGCGCGGCCGAUUUGCCGGGCCGCAGGAGCAGCAGCAGCAGCAGCAGCAGCAGCAGCAGCAGCAGCCCCCGGGGUUUGUUUAG